AUGCCUCACCCUGUAACCCCGCCCUUAUCGCAGCAAGAACAGCAAGCGACGAUGACCGUCGUGGCCAAGGGCGAUGCCCCUCCCCCGCCAUCCCAGGAGGACGUUUCCGCCUUCCUGAACUCGAUCUUCACAGCCACCACCUCCGCCGCCUCGGUCGAUGCCGCAUACGGUCUUUGCGAAGUUCUGAAUAACACGGUCGGACACGCUGGUCUGCACCAGUAUGGAAUCCUCGCCGAGGUCAAGAAGGCCGCUGCCAACAAGAAGUCCGCCCAGUUGCGCGAGUCUGCCCAGAACCUGCUCGGCGCGCUCUUUGAACGUCUGCCCCCCAAGUCGCCUCUGAGCGAGGUCGCCUUCCUGCUCCAGGAUGGCGGCAUGGUUCCCUGCGCCCUCGAUGCGCUCGCUGACAAGGGCUCCGUCGUUCGCGAGUCCGCCCAAUACGCGCUGGACGCUCUCUUCAACAACCUGAGCCCCGAGGCUCUUGUCGUCGGCCUCCUCCCCGUCCUGCACACCUAUCUCGCCAAAAAGACCGGAAAGUGGCAAGGCACCGCUGCCGCCCUCCUCCUUCUCCAGAAGAUUGCCGAUAAAGCCAAGCAGACGGUCGGCUCCACCCAGGAGCAGGCCGAAGAGCAGGACGUCCUCCGCGAGUCCAUGGGUACCAAGCUGGCCGGUCUCAUCCCCCUCGUCGAAGGCGGCAUGCACGACCUCAAGUCUGAGGUCGAGAAGCAGGCUGUCUUGACCAUGACCGCCCUCACUGGCCUCAUGUCCAACGACGAUGUCGCUCCUCGCAUUCCCCUCCUAGUCGAAACCAUGCACCACCCCUCCACCGAGACCCUGCGCAAGGCUAUCCACGCCCUGUCCAUGACGACCUUUGUCGCUGUCGUCACCUCUCCUGUCCUUGCUCUCCUGACUCCCCUGUUGGAGCGUUCCCUCAACACCCCCACCACCGCCCAGGAGGUGCUCCGUCAAACCGUUGUUGUCGUAGAGAACUUGACAAAGCUGGUCCAUGACCCCAUCGAGGCCAGAACAUUCCUGCCCAAGCUGCAGCCCGGUGUCAAGGGUGUCUACGACCGCGCCUCCCUUCCUGAGGUCCGAGAGCUGGCCAAGAGAGCCCUCGACGUCAUCGAGAAGGCCAUGGGCGACGACAAGGAUGUUAUCGAGCGUGUUUCCGGCGACGACGUUGGCAAGAUCCUCGAUGCCGAGAUCAAGAAGAACGGCGGCCUGGCUGACGCCGAUGCCUUCAAGCUGGCCCGUCCUUACAUCACCGAGCAGGUUGCUGAGGAUGUCAACCACCGUUUCGUGCAGCGCAUCUCUGGCAGAAUCGCACCUUAUCUGCAGGCACUACUAAAGAACCCCGGUGCCAACACUGCCGUCGCCGAGGGUGUUCAGGAGCACUACGUUGAGGAGGAUGCGCGCAAAUACGGUGUUCCCGAGAAGGAGGACGAUGGCGAGACCGAGAUCGUCAAUGCGCACUUCUCCUUGGCCUACGGUGGCAUGCUGCUGCUGUCCCACGCCAACCUUAGACUGCUCAAGGGCCACCGUUACGGUCUUUGCGGUCGCAACGGUGCCGGCAAGUCCACGCUGAUGCGCAGCAUUGCCAACGGCAAGCUGGAGGGUUUCCCCCCUCAGGACGUCCUCCGCACCAUCUACGUCGAGCACAACCAGGGCGAGGAUGCCGACAUUAGCAUUCUGGAUUUUGUCCUAAAGGACUCUGAGAUCGCUGCCCGUGGUCGUGAGAAGGUCAUCGAGGUUCUCGCCGAGUUCGGUUUUACCGACGGCCCUGACGGACGCCAGUCCCACAAGGUCGGCUCUCUGUCUGGUGGAUGGAAGAUGAAGUUGGCUUUGGCCCGUGCCAUGCUCAAGGGCGCCGACGUCCUGCUGCUUGACGAACCUACUAACCACUUGGAUGUUGCCAACAUUGCCUGGCUCGAGACCUACCUCAAGACCCACCCCGAGAUUACCAGCUUGAUCGUUUCCCACGACUCCGGUUUCCUCGACAACGUCACUACCGACAUCUACCACUACGAGCCCAACAAGAAGCUCGCGUGCUACAAGGGCAACCUGGCCAAUUUUGUCAAGCUCCGCCCCGAGGCCAAGAGCUACUACACGCUUUCUGCUUCCCAGGUCCAGUUCAAGUUCCCGCCCCCGGGUAUCUUGACCGGUGUCAAGUCUCUGACCCGUGCCAUCAUCCGCAUGACCAACGUCUCCUACCAGUACCCCAAGGCCCCAAAGCCUUCUUUGAGCGAUGUCACCUGCCAGCUUACUCUGUCAUCCAGAGUGGCCAUUAUCGGCCCCAACGGUGCCGGCAAGUCUACUCUCAUCAAGAUUCUCACUGGCGAGGUUAUUCCUACCACCGGAAAGGUAGAGAAGCACCCCAACCUGCGUAUUGGUUACAUCAAGCAGCACGCUCUCGAGCACGUUGAAAUGCAUCUCGAGAAGACGCCCAACCAGUACCUCCAGUGGCGUUACGCCAACGGUGACGAUCGCGAGGUCCACAUGAAACAGACCCGCAUGCUUUCCGAGAAGGAUCGUGAGCAGAUGGACAAGCUCAUUGACCUCAAGGAUGGAAAGUCUCCCCGCCAGAUCGAGGCCGUUGUUGGUCGUCAGAAGUACAAGAAGACCUUCCAAUACGAAGUCAAAUGGCGUGGCUACCUCCCCAAGUACAACACCCAGGUCUCCCGUGAGACGAUGAUCGAGUGGGGUUUCUCUAAGCUCAUCCAAGAGUUCGACGACCACGAGGCUUCUCGUGAGGGUCUCGGUUACCGUGAGCUCCAGCCCACCGUCAUUUCUAAACACUUUGAGGACCUCGGCUUGGACCCCGAAAUCGCCAACCACAACGAGAUCGGCUCGCUGUCUGGUGGCCAGAAGGUCAAGGUCGUCAUCGCCGGUGCCAUGUGGAACAACCCUCAUUUGCUGGUGCUCGACGAGCCUACUAACUUCUUGGACCGUGACUCCCUCGGCGGUCUUGCCGUCGCCAUCCGCGAGUUCAAGGGCGGUGUCAUCCUCAUUUCCCAUAACGAGGAAUUCGUCGGCGCUCUGUGCUCCGAGCAGUGGCACGUCAAUGACGGCCGCGUUGCCCUCCGCGGGAACGCCGCCAUCAACCUCGGCUCGUUUGAGGACAGCAGCGCACCGGGCAGCGCCAUCGCCUCCACGGCGGUGUCCAGCGUCGCCAACAGCGUUGCCAACAGCGCCGUCAACUCGGGCGCCGAGGACAACUCGGAGAUGAAGUUCCGUGCCCGCAAGAAGAAGAAGAAGACCAAGAAGGAGCUCAAGGAGCAGGAGGUCCGCCGUCGCCUCCGACACAUUGAGUGGCUCAACAGCCCCAAGGGAACCCCCCAUCCUCCUGACACGGAUGACGAGGAGUAA